AACCAAUCCACUACACGAUCACGACUCGUAAUGACUCCGAGCCGCUCUGGGUUUUAUCGUGACCCCGUCACCGUUUGAACGGGCUCUAACUUUAUAUCCCUAGUCGUCGCAUGGCAGCGGCCCGUACUCUGCGCUGCUCUCCUCCUCUGCCCAUCUUCGCUUCGCGUUCGGACCCGCACGCACGAGGCAACACCUGAUCCGGCGCUUUCUACCUUUCACUGCCAUGGCCGCUGCGUCGACCACGACUUCGUCCCUUCCCGACGCCGCCGAGAAGGUUACCGCGCCUUAUGGCUCUUGGAAGUCCCCGAUUACCGCCGACGUCGUCUCCAGUUCUUGCAAGAAGCUCAGAGGCAUGGCCGUCGCCGGAGACGGCCAGCUUGUUUGGAUCGAGACUCGGCCUGACGAAGGAGGGCGCGUUGUGCUUGUUAAUGAAUCAGCAAGUAUGGAAGAAAAACCAAUGGAUAUCAUACCUCCAGAGUUUGCAUCAAGGACGUUGGCCAAAGUGUUUGGUGGCGGUGCUUUUGCUGUACUGGACGAUACAAUUAUUUUCUCAAACUACAAGGAUCAACGGUUAUACAAAUUAACUAUUGGAACAGGUUCUGCUCCAAUACCAAUUACCCCUGACUAUGGUGGAACUUUAGUCUGUUAUGCUGAUGGCAGUUAUGAUCCUCACUUCAACCGCUAUCUUACUGUCAUGGAAGAUCACCGGAAAGGUAGCUUAAACAACCCCAGUACUAUAAUUGCCUCUAUAGAUCUGAAUGCUAUAAGUAUUAAUGAACCAAAGGAACUGGUUGUUGGCAAUGAUUUCUAUGCCUUUCCGCGGGUAGAUCCAAAUGGGAAGAGAAUGGCAUGGAUAGAGUGGAGCCAUCCUAACAUGCAUUGGGACAAAGCUGAACUUUGGGUUGGGUAUUUCUCUAAGAAUGGAGAUCUGUCCAACCGGAUAUGUGUUGCUGGUGGCAAUCCUACAAUAGUUGAAUCUCCAACUGAACCCAAAUGGUCACCUAAAGGGGAGUUGUUCUUCAUUACUGACCGGGGAAGUGGUUUCUGGAACUUAUACAAAUGGGAUGAAAAGAAAAAUGAAGUGGCAGCUAUUUAUUCUUUGGAUGCUGAAUUUACCAAGCCACUAUGGGUAUUUGGCAUCAGUUCAUAUGAUUUUGUUUGGAAAGAUGUGGAUAGUAGCAGAAUUAUUUGCACUUACAGACAGAAUGGGAGGUCAUUCCUUGGAAUCUUGGAUUAUGGUACAAGUCGGUUCUCAUUGCUUGAUAUUCACCUUACUGAUAUUGGAAACUUAGUUAGUUGUGGCUCUUGUUUAUACGUUGAAGGGGCAUCUGCAGCCCAUCCACUGUCAAUUGUCAAGGUGAACCUGGAUGUGAACCAAUCAAAUGCAACAACAUUUUCAGUACUUUGGUCUUCCUCCCCAAAUGCAACAAAAUAUGAUUCAUACUUCAGCUCUCCAGAAGUUAUUGAGUUUCCAACUGAGCAUCCUGGUCAGAAUGCUUAUGCAUACUUUUACCCUCCUUCAAGUCCCACCUACAAAGCAUCCUUAGAUGAAAAACCACCAUUAUUGCUUGAAAGCCAUGGUUACGGGAGAGAAUACCGAGAAAGACUUCUAGGACAAUGGGGUAUUGUUGAUGUCAAUGAUUGUUGCAGCUGCGCUAAGUUUCUGGUAGAAAGCAGGAAGGUAGAUGGAGAACGACUUUGUGUAACUGGAAUAUCAGCUGGUGGAUACACCACAUUAUCUUCGCUUGCUUUUAAAGAGACAUUUAAAGCUGGUGCUUCUUUGUAUGGGGUAGCCGAUUUGUCUAUGUUGAGGGCCCAAACUCACAAGUUUGAAUCCCACUACUUUGAUAAUCUUGUUGGAAAUGAGAAGGCUUAUCUUGAACGGUCUCCCAUUAACCAUGUCGAUAAGUUUAGCUGCCCCUUGAUUUUGUUCCAAGGCUUAGAUGAUAAGGUUGUGGCACCUGAUCAGGCUCGUACGAUACACAAGGCUCUUAGGGACAAGGGCUUGCCUGUUGCUUUAGUUGAAUACGAAGGAGAACAGCAUUGGUUCGGAAAGGCUGAGAACAUCAAAUUCACGCUGGAACAACAGAUGGUGUUUUUUGCUCGUGUAGUUGGGCACUUCGAAGUUGCAGAUCCCAUCACUCCGAUCAAGAUUGAUAACUUUGAUUAG